AUGCCCUACAUUGGUCAGGUCCAUAAUGGUGGAUUAAGUAAGUGGAGAAAGGCGCUGCACUGGCACCCUUCAAGAGCGGCUGAGAGCCGGGAUGCUGUAUCCCAGUCACUUGUCCCAGGGUGGCAGGUGAAGGCGGCGAACACGCAUCCACACCCACCGCCCCGGGAGCGCAAACCGAAAGCGAGGAGCGCAGCAGCGGGACACUCCGUUAUCCUCACCCGCCACGGGCCCCGCCAGGUGUGCGCGGCUCCAUCGCGCCCGCGGCGUCCCGGCGCACGGCUCACCCCGGCUCGACUUCGCCCGCCGGCCCGGGCCCCGGAAGGCGAAGUUUCUCUCCCGCCCGCGGCGGCGGCCGCUCACGCGCCGCCCGGCUCUCCGCGGGUCCCGCAGCCUGCUCCGGGCGGUCGCGGUCACAGGCGCCGGGCCUCGGGCGAGUCGGGGGAGACCGACGGGAGCCGGAGCCGGGACCUGUCACCUCGGGCAGGAAACAAAAGCCGGGUGAGGACGAGCGGGCGCGACCGGCCUCGACUCCGCGAGGGGGAGCGCGGCGGGGGCGGGGAGCGGCUCUCGCGGUCGCCCGACUCCGCGCCUCGCGGAGAGAGCACCGACCCCGCGGGCCGGCGGGGCGCGGAGGGGCCCCGCAGUUGGGCAAGGAGCAUCCGGCGCGCUCGCCUCGAGGCUUCCCCCGCCCCGUUCGCCCCGAGCCUGCCUCUUUGGGGCAGGAGAACCGCGCGUGAGGGGGCGCCGAAGCGGCGCGGCAGCGAUCUGACCGCGAAGGAGGGAAUUCGGUUCCCGGGGCGCCGCGGCCGCCCGCCCCAUCCCUGCGGCCAUGGCGCCGGUACCUGCCGCCGUGGCUGCUCCUUGGCCCCUUCUCUCUCCGCCUCACCCUCGCGCUGCUCGGCCCCCAGCCCACCCAGCAGGCCGUCCGCGCGCCGGACGCCGCCGCCCGAGACUGGCAGCGCCCGCGAACCGGCCCGAAUCCCCGGGGCAGCGCCCGGCGCGGUCCCGCCCCCGCCGGCCGCAGGACCCGUCUUCGAUAGGGCCCCGGGGCUGUCAGUCCGCCCCCAAAAGGCGCGCGGGCUGUCGCUCCGCCCGUCCGGAUUGGUGGCCGCGCACCGUCUAUGCAAAUGAGACUCCGCCCCCGUCCAUUUGCACCUCCGCCUUAGUGUAAACUCCGCCUCUCCACGCCAGCCCACGUGUCUGGCCCUUGGCCUUUGUGGGGGCCGGCGGGAAGGGAUGAAGGAAACUGACCCAUGCCCCUUCACACCGUCUCUUACCUUCAGAGAAACUCAUGCCUAAACAAGCUAUUGACUUCACAUCUGAAUCGUAUCUCUGAAAGCUCUGCCUUGCUUGCCUGUUUGCCAGGCCUGCCCAAAGGAUGGAGAGGGGCAGGCCGGGAUGUUUGUGUCAGGUAAGCAGACUAGGUUAGCCCUAGGAAGUAAAAAAAAAUGCCCCGUUGGGCCUCGGGAAAAUCCCAUCUUGAGAACCAGUUUAGCCCGUGGUACUUCCCCAUGGACACUAAAUGACUGUGAGGACUAUGCUCUCCCCUGGUUUUCUGCCUUUCAAGCAUGAGACACCAGGCCAUUGAGACAGCAAAAGACCUUAAAAAAUAUUGGUGUUCUCUGAUCCCCUUUUCCCACCGCACCACCGCCCCCACCCCCCCAUCAGCAAAGGGUAGACCCGCUGAGCAAACUCAGCUUCAAGAGGGGCUAAGCUCCUCCAACCAGAAGGCUGGCUGCCUCUGAGUAGUUCCCAUAGAGAUUCGGAUGAGGAGAUAGAACUGGCUGCACCUGGGCUUUAGGGGGUAACUAACUGAAACCCCUCAUUUUUGAGGAGACAGAAACCUAAAGUCUCAUAGCUAUGGGACUUAAUAGUCACCUAUGGAAAUCUUAUGUCCCAUAACCAGAUCAGAAGCCACAUCUCUUAGCUCCAAAUCUGCUCUCUGCGCUAUGUCAUGUUGGUCAUUUAGGUAUUUUUGAAGACCCUCUUCAACAAAUCACCAUCCCUGCCUUCAGGACGUGGUGCCUGGGGAAAAAAACAACUAGAACCAACACGGAAACCUCAAGAGCAAAGAAGGCCCUGACUUAAUGCCUAGAAGCUUCCCUUUUUACCAGAUGCCAGGGAGAAUCACUGACACAAUUUAUUCAUACAUUAAUUCAACAAGACGUGGGUGAUUGAAUCCAAAUCCAACCAUUUAUCCUUCAAUGAUUUGUUCUGAAAGUUUCUAACCCCAGUUGAUUAAGCAUCUACUGUGCUUACUACUAGCAAGUAUUAAGCACUGUGCUGUGUGCAGAGUCUGCAUAGGUGAGGAGACAUUGUCUCAGCCCUUGAAGGCUUUAGCCAAGGAGAUAGUGACUUCCACAUUACAUGUCAGUACCACUUAUGUUACAGUGGACAGCUCCAAGGAAGGAGCAGUUGGCUUUUCCUGGGAAAGGCAGGGAAGGCUUCAUUGAGGAGGUGGCAUUAGAGCUGAGUCCUAAAAGAGUUUUGAAAGAUGGUGUUUGCCAGAUGGAGGGAUGUGGAAGAGGAAGGAAAGGGAUUCCUAGUCUGCGGAGGAUAGGAUGAGCAAAAAAGCAUGCAGACCUGGAAAAGCCUGGUAAUUGAGGGAACAGCGAGGAGCAGUAUGGGAAAUCUGCAGGGCUGUGUGGCCAUGUCACAUGUUCUGGGACCAGGCUCUUCCAGGAGGAAGACAGAAAGGCCCCGGAGGCUGCCAGGCUGUGUUGUAACACACCGCAGCAAACAACAACAGGCCCUGUAGAUACAGCUGCAGGCUUUUUUUUUUUCUAGGCCAGAGUCUGUGGGGAACAGUCAGUUCCACAGUUCUGAUGGCAGCCUGGCUGGCCCCACCCACUCUCUCAGAAAACCACUCCGGUCACUGCACUUGCCCUCCUUGGCAUUUGGAAACACGUGUGCUUGCAGUUUCCCCAAACACUGCUGCCCUUCAGAGCUCAAAGAUAACGUGGGCUAUGGCUGCAGACACCUGGAUGUGGAACAGACAGCCCUUUCCUAACACACAGAGCGGUUCUUUGCAGGGCCUAUUACCAAGGCUGGCUUCAUGGGCGUGUGACCAGCGCUUGGUUUAAUGCUCUGCUGUCGCUGUCUUGAAAUUCUUAAUAAUUUUUCGACAGUUGCAUUUUCAUUUCAUUUCAUUUCACCUGCAAAUUAUGUAGCCGGUCUGACCUGUCACUGGUAGUGCCCCUGCGAAUGUUUGUGAUCCUACUCAAACCAUAUCUCAUUUUUAAAGCCCUUGGCAUUCAUUAGGUUUGUUCACAUGCACCGUAUCACUCGAUUCUCACAAUGGCGAUGUGGGGUAGGCUUGUAUUCCUAGCCCCGUUUAUUGGCUGAGAAAACUGAAGUUUGGCAGUCUCCUCCAGGUAGCACAGCAGGGAGUGGCAAAGUUUGUAUUUGAACUCAUCCCACACAAGCCCUGUUCCAUCUGCUAUGGAUCCACCUUUAUGUUGGUUUCAGAACGCUUUCAAAGGACCUUAAAGACUAAUAUACUGAAUGCACACUUUGGACUGCACAUCCGUUGAACAAUGUAUAUUGAAUACCUACUAUCUAUCAGGCACCAUUCUAGGUAAAUAAAACAGACAAGUUGC